GUCGUUGGCUGACUUCCGGUGGUGCCAAAGCCGUUUCCGCGGAAUCAGGCCGGCAGAAUGGAACAAAAGUGGGACUUUUAAAAUGUUGCCCUGUAAGAAGAGAAGAACUACAGUGACAGAGUCCCUGCAGCAUAAAGGCAAUCAGGAGGAAAACAACGUAGACCUAGAAUCAGCUGUUAAACCAGAAUCUGACCAGGUUAAGGACUUGAGGUCGGUGUCACUGUCCUGGGAUCCAAGUCAUGGCAGAGUAGCUGGCUUCGAAGUACAAUCUGUGCAGGAUGCAGGAAAUCAGCUUGGUAUGGAGGAUACAUCUCUGAGCUCUGGGAUGCUCACCCAGGACACAAAUGUACCGAUUCUAGAAAGUGUUGAUGUUGCCAUCUCUCAGGGAAUCACCCUACCUUCCUUGGAGUCUUUUCACCCCCUUAAUAUGCACAUUGGUAAAGGAAAACUCCAGGCUACUGGCUCAAAAAGAGGGAAAAAAAUUACACUGAGGCCUGGGCCAGUUACCCAAGAAGACAGACGUGAUCAUCCUAUCCUAAAGGAGCCUUUUUCAGAAGAGCCUAGUGAAGAAGUCAAGGAAGAAGGAGGGAAACCUCAAAUGCAUUCUGAAGGGGAGAUACCUUCACUGCCAUCAGGCAGCCAAUCUGCAAAACCAGUAAGCCAGCCCAGGAAAUCAACCCAGCCAGAUGUUUGUGCUUCUCCUCAAGAAAAGCCACUCAGGACUCUGUUUCACCAACCUGAGGAAGAGAUAGAAGAUGGUGGACUCUUCAUUCCAAUGGAAGAACAAGACAAUGAAGAAAGUGAGAAAAGGAGAAAAAAGAAAAAGGGUACCAAGAGGAAACGAGAUGGAAGGGGUCAAGAAGGGACCUUGGCAUAUGACCUGAAACUGGACGACAUGCUUGAUCGUACCUUGGAGGAUGGUGCCAAGCAGCACAAUCUAACAGCGGUCAAUGUCCGAAACAUCCUUCACGAAGUAAUCACAAAUGAACACGUGGUAGCUAUGAUGAAAGCAGCCAUCAGUGAGUCAGAAGAUAUGCCAAUGUUUGAGCCUAAAAUGACACGCUCUAAACUGAAGGAAGUAGUGGAAAAAGGAGUGGUAAUUCCAACAUGGAAUAUUUCACCAAUUAAGAAGGCCAAUGAAAUUAAGCCUCCUCAGUUUGUGGAUAUCCACCUUGAAGAAGAUGAUUCCUCAGAUGAAGAAUACCAGCCGGAUGAUGAAGAAGAAGAUGAAACUGCUGAAGAGAGCUUAUUGGAAAGUGAUGUUGAAAGCACUGCUUCAUCUCCACGUGGGGCAAAGAAAUCCAGAUUGAGGCAGUCUUCUGAGAUGACUGAAACAGAUGAGGAGAGUGGCAUAUUAUCGGAGGUUGAGAAAGUCACCACACCAGCCAUCAGGCACAUCAGUGCUGAGGUAGUGCCCAUGGGGCCCCCGCCCCCUCCAAAGCCGAAACAGACCAGAGAUAGUACUUUCAUGGAGAAGUUACAUGCAGUAGAUGAGGAGCUGGCUUCCAGUCCAGUCUGCAUGGAUUCUUUCCAGUCCAUGGAUGACAGUCUCAUUGCAUUUCGAACGCGUUCUAAGAUGCCCCUAAAAGAUGUUCCCCUGGGCCAACUAGAGGCAGAGCUCCAAGCUCCAGACAUCACUCCAGAUAUGUAUGACCCCAAUACAGCAGAUGAUGAGGACUGGAAGAUGUGGCUAGGGGGACUUAUGAAUGAUGAUGUGGGGAAUGAAGAUGAAGCAGAUGAUGAUGAUGAUCCAGAAUAUAAUUUCCUGGAAGACCUUGAUGAACCAGACACAGAGGAUUUCCGGACUGACCGGGCAGUGAGAAUCACCAAAAAGGAAGUAAAUGAGCUGAUGGAAGAGCUGUUUGAAACUUUCCAAGAUGAGAUGGGAUUCUCCAACAUGGAAGAUGAUGGCCCAGAAGAGGAGGAGCGUGUGGCUGAGCCUCGACCUAACUUCAACACUCCUCAAGCUCUACGGUUUGAGGAACCACUGGCCAACUUGCUAAAUGAACAACAUCGGACAGUGAAGGAGCUAUUUGAACAGCUGAAAAUGAAGAAAUCUUCAGCCAAACAGCUGCAGGAAGUAGAGAAGGUUAAACCCCAGAGUGAGAAAGUUCAUCAGACUCUGAUUCUGGACCCAGCACAGAGGAAGAGACUCCAGCAGCAGAUGCAGCAGCACGUUCAGCUCUUGACCCAAAUCCACCUUCUUGCCACCUGCAACCCCAGUCUCAGUCCGGAGGCCAGUACCACCAGGAUAUUUCUUAAAGAGCUGGGAACCUUUGCUCAAAGCUCCAUCGCCCUUCACCAUCAGUACAAUCCCAAGUUUCAGACCCUGUUCCAACCCUGUAACUUGAUGGGAGCUAUGCAGCUUAUUGAAGACUUCAGCACACAUGUCAGCAUUGACUGCAGCCCUCAUAAAACUGUCAAGAAGACUGCCAAUGAAUUUCCCUGUUUGCCAAAGCAAGUGGCUUGGAUUCUGGCCACAAGCAAGGUUUUCAUGUAUCCAGAGUUACUUCCAGUGUGUUCCCUGAAGGCAAAGAAUCCCCAGGAUAAGAUCGUCUUCACCAAGGCUGAGGACAAUUUGUUAGCUUUAGGACUGAAGCAUUUUGAAGGAACUGAGUUUCCUAAUCCGCUAAUCAGCAAGUACCUUCUAACCUGCAAAACUGCGCACCAACUGACAGUGAGAAUCAAGAACCUCAACAUGAACAGAGCUCCUGACAACAUCAUUAAAUUUUAUAAGAAGACCAAACAGCUGCCAGUCUUAGUAAAAUGCUGUGAAGAGAUCCAGCCACAUCAGUGGAAGCCACCUGUAGAGAGAGAAGAACACCGGCUCCCAUUCUGGUUAAAGGCCAGUCUGCCAUCCAUCCAGGAAGAACUGCGGCACAUGGCUGAUGGUGCUAGAGAGGUAGGACAUGUGACUGGAACCACUGAGAUCAACUCAGAUCAAGGCCUAGAAAAAGACAACUCGGAGAGUGAAACUCGGUACCCACUGCUGUUGCCUAAGGGUGUGGUCCUGAAACUGAAGCCAGUUGCCACCCGUUUCCCCAGGAAGGCUUGGAGACAGAAGCGUUCAUCAGUCCUGAAGCCCCUCCUUAUCCAACCCAGCCCGUCUCUCCAGCCUAGCUUCAACCCUGGGAAAACACCAGCCCGAUCAACUCAUUCAGAAGCCCCUCCGAGCAAAAUGGUGCUCCGGAUUCCUCACCUGAUCCAGCCAGCCACUGUUUUACAGACAGUUCCAGGUGUCCCUCCACUGGGGGUCAGUGGAGGUGAGAGUUUUGAGUCUCCUGCAGCACUGCCUGCUAUGCCCCCUGAGGGCAGGACAGGCUUCCCUCUGUCUGAGUCCCAGACUUUGCUCUCUUCUGCCCCUGUGCCCAAGGUAAUGCUGCCCUCUCUUGCCCCUUCUAAGUUUCGGAAGCCAUAUGUGAGACGCAGACCCUCAAAGAGAAGGGGAAUCAAGGCCUCUCCCUGUAUGAAACCUGCCCCUGUUAUCCACCACCCUGCAUCUGUUAUCUUCACUGUUCCUGCUACCACUGUGAAGAUUGUGAGCCUUGGCAGUGGCUGUAACAUGAUCCAGCCUGUCAAUGCGGCUGUGGCCCAGAGUCCCCAGACUAUUCCCAUUACCACCCUCUUGGUUAACCCUACUUCCUUCCCCUGUCAAUUGAACCAGCCCCUUGUGGCCUCCUCUGUCUCACCCUUAAUUGUUUCUGGCAAUUCUGUGAAUCUUCCUAUACCAUCCACCCCUGAAGAUAAGGCCCACGUGAAUGUGGACAUUGCUUGUGCUGUGGCUAAUGGGGAAAAUGCCUUUCAGGGCCUAGAACCCAAAUUAGAGCCCCAGGAACUAUCUCCUCUCUCUGCUACUGUUUUCCCCAAAGUGGAACAUAGCCCAGGGCCUCCAUCAGCAGAUACAGAGUGCCAAGAAGGAUUGUCAGAGAACAGUGCCUGUCGCUGGACUGUUGUGAAAACAGAGGAGGGAAGACAAGCUCUGGAGCCGCUGCCUCAGGGCAUCCAGGAGUCUCUAAACAACUCUUCCCCUGGGGAUUUAGAGGAAGUUGUCAAGGUGGAACCUGAAGAUGCUAGAGAGGAAAUCAGUGGAUCCCCUGAGCGUGACAUUUGUGAUGACAUCAAAGAGGAACAUGCUGUGGAAUUGGACACUGGCAUCGCAAGCGAGGAGUUGAACAGUGCUAGAGAGGUAAAGAAACAGACAGUCUUACAGAAGGAAGAGGAGAGGAGUCAGCCAGCUAAAACCCCUUCAUCUUCUCAAGAGCACCCUGAUGAAGGAACCUCAGGGACAGAUGUGAACAAAGGAUCAUCAAAGAAUGCUUUGUCCUCGAUGGAUCCUGAAGUGAGGCUUAGUAGCCCCCCAGGGAAGCCAGAAGACUCACCCAGUGUUGAUGGUCAGUCAAUGGAGACUCCAGUUGGGCCAGAAACUGGAGGAGAGAAGAAUGGGCCGGAAGAAGAGGAAGAAGAGGACUUUGAUGACCUCACCCAAGAUGAGGAAGAUGAAAUGUCAUCAGCUUCUGAGGAAUCUGUGCUUUCUGUCCCAGAACUCCAGGUGAGAGCUGGAGAAUAUUUUCAAGUAUUUUGUGGACUCAGUAAUAUGUUUAAUUUAUUGAUAUGCCACCUGCUUGCUUGCUACACUAUGGAUAGUCCUAAAAUCAUUUUUAUUUAUUUGUAAUGCAUUAUGGAACAUGAUUGUGAAGUUGAGGUGAAAUGAGAUGGAAAGGAUGAAAUUUUACUGAUUUUAUUAAACUGAUUUACACAUUAAAUUGAAUCACCUGACCAUACUUUAGAUGCCUUAAAAAAUUAAAAAAUAGUAAUUGGCUGGGCUUGGUGGCUCACACCUGUAGUCCCAACGCUUUGGGAGGCCGAGGUGGUUGGAUCACAAGGCCAGGAGUUUCAGACUGGCCUGGCCAACGUGGUGAAACCCCAUCUAUACUAAAAAUACAAAAAUUAGCCAGGCGUGGUGGCGGGUGCCGGUAAUCCCUGCUGCUUGGGAGGCAGAGGCAGGAGAAUCGCUUGAGCCCGGGAGAUGGAGGUUGCAGUGAGCUGAGAUCGCAUCAUGGCGCUCCAGCCUGGGCAACAGAACAAGGCUCCGUCUCAAAAAAAAAAAAAA